AUGCUCAGUCGAGAAGGCGAUCGUAUUAUACUUGAAAGCAAGACCCUUCAUCCCGCUCACAGCAAGAGUGGAAGUAUACAUGAGUGCCAGGUUGACAGGCUUGACGCUGGCCGAGAGCCUUUAGAUCUUAUCGUCACUUUCAGCCGUCGUGCUGUCCUUUGGAAUGCCAUCAGCUGUGGUGGCGUCAGCCAUAUUGCUAUCCAUCGUGUUGUCGACAAGGGAGUCGUAUUCCUCCGCAGACCCAAGUCUAUUCUCCCGGAACUCAUGAAUCUCAUCCCCCGCAACCGAAGUAUAGUACUAACAGAUAAUCUCCUCUUCUUCAAUUGGAAGCGAGCAAGAGUGGGCGCAAGGAGAGGCCGACGUUUUCGGUGGCGGAUAAUGCGAAGACUGCAACAGACUGAGAAAUGA